AUGGCCACUGGUGGAGGUGAUAUUAAGCGUCGACUGAGACGAAAAAUUAGUCAACUAAUUAGUGACAUUGCUUUUGAAUCAGACUCGUUGAAGACUCCAGCUUGGUACAGCUCUUGCAAUUUGCUGAACACUGUUAAAUUGAUAUUAACAAAAAGAAUAGAUAUUCCUGAGUAUUUGUAUAUUACGAGGCUAUGGAAGAAAAUGAUUCCACUUCUCCAAAAAAAACCCAAGAAUGAGGAAAUUAGUGAUUGCGAAUCGCAUCACAAGUGCAAGCUUUUGGUUAAAAGUAUAUGUACAAAUCCAGCAGGACGGUUAUUUUAUGGUUUAAAGUACUCCAAAUUUUAUAAAAGAAAGAACAGCGUCUUAUCUAUUGUCAGUGGGUUUUUGUCUGCUAGGAUGAAGCAUUGUGCGGUUGGCAAUAAGGAAAGCCAAAAACAGGACAAAUUGAUCAUUUUUACUUAUUCCAACCUUCCGGUUUUCAAAGAAAAGCACGGCGACUGGACACUUGCCAUGUUGCCAAAUUCAUCUACACUUCCAAAAGUCACUCCCAAGAGUGCAUUAAAUGCCAGUGCCUACUUAAUUUAA